ACCUAUAUCAAAAAUAAUAAACCAAUGACCGUGCCUACUACCUCAAGACCAAGAAGUCCUAUAUGUAAAGCUUCAGCGAAUGACCGCGCCAAAAGUGAGAAUUAUCUUCUGGCCUUUAAGGUUCAGAGUGUUCAUUCAGAGAUUCUUUUGGGUGGUUUCUUAGUUUCGUUCUCUUGGAUAG